AUGUCCCAGCAACAGGAACUACCGAGUAAUAACUACUUUGAAGAAAACGAGGACCUCGAACUACACUUGAGCGACCUGGAGGAUGACGCAAAGAUUGACAAGGCCCUUACCGAAUUGGAUAUGUCAGACAUGGGCAUUGAAGGCAAUGAGUUAGACGAUGAUGAUGACGAUGCUGAACCCCUAUUUAUACCUUCGGAUGACGAGGAUGAUGAUUUCAAAGUAAUCUCUGACGAAGACGAUUACGAUGAUGAGUACAAUUUCAAAGAUGCCCUUAAAGGUGCUAGCAACUUCAAAGUAAGAAAUAGAAGGGAGAAGCUUUCCAAGAAUAACAAGUCAUACUACAGGAAGCGAAUGAUGAGGGCGGAUAAUCGUGACCUAGAUCCCGAAGUUCGGAUGAAUUUGUCCCUUGCAAAUGAAGCUUUUGUUCGUAAUGACUUACAAGUUGCCCAACAACUAUACGUCGAUGUUAUCAAGAGAGACCCAAAGAAUUUCAGUGCUUAUAAGGCGAUUGGAGAAAUUUACAAAAGUCAAGACAAGCUAAACGAAUGCUGUAGUUCUUGGCUUUUGGCUGCUAAUUUGCAUCCUUGGGACAGUGAUUUUUGGGGACAAGUAGCCGAACUUUCAAACGAAUUGGGUCACAUUGACCAAGCUAUCUACUGUUAUACUAGAGCAAUUACCUCCGAUACCAAGCGAAGCGCCAAUUUCAUCCUUGAAAGGGCACUUCUUUAUAAAGAAAAACGACAGUUUGGUAAAGCGUUAGAUGGAUUUCAGAAAAUUCGCCAAUUAUACCCCCAAGACACCAACAUUAUAAAAUAUUUGGCGGGAGUGUAUCUGGAACAGAAGCGUUUAAAUGACGCAAUCAACUUGUACAUGCGAAUUUUAGAUCAAAACAUAAAUCCUGAUCUGGACAGUGAAGAACAGUACCCAAAAUUUGAUUGGCCAGAGUUGAACAUUUUAUUGGAGCUACACGUUCAGCAUCGGUCUCUAAAACUUGGUGUGAAUGUAUUGAAACUAGCAGCAAGGUGGAUCCAAGGUAGGAUGGAAGAAACGUGGUGGGACGAAAACGAUGAUUCCGAGUUUGAUUCCAAGAGGCGAUUCAAGAAGUUGAGUCAUUUAAAAGCUCGUGAUUUGGCAGACUUUAAAUCAAAGCCAUAUGAUCUCCCAAUUGACAUACGAUUCAAGUUGGGAAUCCUUCGAUUGGGAUUGGACCAAAAGGAAGAGGCAAUGCAUCACUUUGAGUAUCUAUUGGAUGACAACCAGGCAGAAAUUGCCGACUUGAAUUUUGAGGCAGGGAAACAGUUGCAAGAGUUUGGCUACUAUGACGAAGCAUUGACAUUUCUCACACGCGCUUUUGGUAAUGAGGAUCUAGUCUCGAGUUUUGACUUGGUUACAUUGUUGGGGAAAUGUUAUUUUGAAAUUGCUGAUUAUGUUGAAGCAAGGGAAGCUUAUGAAGAGCUAUUGAGCCAUUCUCCUGAUAAUGUAGAUUUCAAGUUGGCGUUGGCCGAGACUUUGUAUCACUUGGGCGAUGAUACACAAGCCGAAGCAUUAAUUAAUGAAGUGCAGAUGGCUAACCAAAAGAGCCUACAAAAGAGCAAGUCACUUGAUGAGCCAAGUGGAGCUGAAGGGUUUUCCUUGAUUAGAAACAAAAUCAGGAAAACACCAAAGAGGGCUAAAUUGUCGGAACAAGAGAAGGAAGAAAUAGAAGCUAAUGCCAAGAGGAAAGUGUUGGAAAAGUAUAGUCGAAUGGAAAGGUUACAGGAGUCUAUGAAUUCAGGUGACCGUGUAGCUAUUGCAGCUUGGAUCCAGUUGGCGUCGCAAUUGAUUGAAAUGUUUACUAGUAUUAAAAGCUUUUUCCCAAAAGACAGAUCAAAGAGGUUCAAGGGUAUUAUAAGGUAUCGUACCCGCAAGGACAUUGAUUUGGAUGAAAAACUAGCCCGUGCUUAUAACCUAUUAGAGGGGUUCAAUCUGGAGGAAACGUUUACUCGUCAAACUUUGGUGUCCAAAACUGACUUUAGAGGAUUAACCUACGACCAAUGGUUUGAUAUAUUUGCUCAAUUUGGUCUAGUCAUGUCCAAGUACGAAAACAAUACCGAAUAUGCAGAUGAUAUUAUAAAUAUUGCGUUGUCAGUAAACAUAUUUGUUCAUGACAAGAGCAAAGAUGCCAUGUUGCGACUAUUGAAACUCAUGUUUGGAAUAAAACAAGAGCAAGCUGCAACUACAGUGUUUCACAAUAUCAGGACUUUUCUUCUUCAGAAUCAAUUUUCCCCUUACAUGUGUCGCUUAUUCUUUUGCUGUUACUCUUCAGGGGCCGUUUUUGCUGAAACGUUUUCUUGUUAUAACCAUCAAAAAUUUUUCCUCCGACAGAUUAAGGCGUAUGAUUCAUGCUUUAAACAAGAACAUGUGUCGGGAAUGCCCAAUAUAACUGCUGAUGUGGGGGGUGUCGAACUAGGUCGCUCACAUCCGGACUUGAUUUACAUAUAUGCAAACUUACUUGGUGGAAAAGGAAGCCACUCGUCUUUGGUAUUUUACCUCAAUCGCGCAUACAAGUAUUUCUCCAAAGACUCCAUGAUUUGUCUAGUGCUUGGAUUAGCUCAUGUCCACAGGUCGAUGCAAAGAUUGAGCUCAAACAGACAUAUCCAGUUGUUGCAAGGGAUAAGUAUUUUGUUGGAAUACAAGGCCAACAGACUUUGCACAAACCCAACUGUAUAUGAGAUCCAGGAGAUUGAAUACAAUUUCGGUAGAUUGUUCCAUAUGCUAGGGUUAACAAGUCUUGCUAUUGGUCACUACAACAAAGUGUUGAAAAUCCUGGAUGACGAAGAUGAUAUCGAUGAGGAUUACGAUUUAAAAUGGGAAGCGGCAUACAACCUUUCUUUGAUUUACAGUAUAAAUGGGAACUCGCAGAUGGCCCGGCAUUUAACUGAAAAGUAUUUAACGAUGUAA